AUGGUUGUGAUGGAGGAAAUCGUGGGACGCGCUGACGGACGCCCGCGAGAAGAAAACUCUGACAAGAGGCAGCAGCCCACCACAUGUGGAGCAAUAUUGACACAGUUGAGCAAUGUUCUUUGCAAUGGGAGCGAAGAUCCUGCCAUCAACGGCAAAGGGAAGGAGGUAGUGGAGGAGGCAGCCAGGUUGGUGAGGGAGUUGAAGGUCAAACUGGGGGAGGUGAUGCUGGCCAAGGUGGAAGACGCGACCGUGGCGACACGCGCACAACGCCAACCCGAAGGAGUGAAAGAAGCCAAACUGUCAUCAUGGGCCAAGGUCGCAGGACAGGGAAUUCCAGAAAAACCAGUGCCUAACCGAACCCUCCGCGAGAUUACUGUCCUACGCCGGGACUGCGAAGCCCUCCCAGCUGAGGAGGCCACCCCCCCAGCGAUUGUGGCAGCCGUCAACGCCAGAAUUGUGGAUGUGACAAAGGGAAAGGUGCUUGCAGCAAGAUGUCUCCCCAGUGGAGACAUCAUCCUGACAACCGACGCGAGGGAGACCAGGGAGGCCUUGACUAAGAGCAGCACAUGGCUGGAAGUCUUGGGACAAAAGGCGAAGGCAAAGCACACCCUGUACCCAGUCAUGGUUAAGGGAGUCCCAAUGGGCAACACCAACUGGAAGGAGGAACAGCAAGCCAUCAAGGCAAUUUACGCACAGAAUGAAGGACUCCGAAGAGGGGUACAAAUUGAGAGACUGUCUCUACGACGGAAUGCCAGCUUGCAGGCAAAGGUUGGGUCUCUUGUACUCAGCGUCACCUCGCCUCAGCAAGCCAACCUACUAGUAGACAAUGGAUUGAUAAUAGACAGCAUAUUUUGUGACGUUGAAAUCUUCCACCGGGAAGCGCAGGUCACCCGGUGCUUUAACUGCCAUGAGUAUGGGCAUACGGCCAGAUUCUGCAGGCAGGCCAAAAGGUGCGGGUUCUGCGUGGCAAAAGAACAUGACGUCAAGGAAUGCCCAGCACGAAAAGCUGGGGAACAACCGAGCACCACAGAGCUCACAACCUGUGUCUCAGCUGCAGGAGGACCUAAUGGACUACACGCAGACCCCAGCCCCCACGCAACAAUGAGGGACACACUAAACCUCCUACAAUAUAACGUGCACAACUCUGCGAGAGUUAUGGGUGCGUUAUUGGCAGACCCUGCAACAGAAGACAAAUACGACGUAAUUGCAGUACAAGAGCCCAAGCCGGAAUCUCCACAUGCUAGCAACACACUACCCCAGAAGCUGCGGCUUCUGGCCAGCAUAUCACCCGGAAACACACCCAAGAUCAAUGUGUAUGCACCUCCUCCAGGGGGCUACAGCAGUGAACCGGAGGAAUCCCCCAUAGGCCAGCUGCAGGAGGUAGCCGGAAUGGGCACAGAUGCAGAGCUGGUCAUAUUAGGAGAUCUUAAUGUCCACCAUGAGAGGUGGGGAGGGGUGAGAGUGGAGAGAAACUUCCGCAUGGCAUGGCAGCUAAUAGCACAGGUGGAUAGGCUGGGUCUCCAGCUUGCCACACCUGUAGGAGCUACCACAUGGCAGGACAGAGGCAGCCCAGGAACGACUAUAGACCUCACCUUUCUAUCACCACUCCUGCACGACAAGCUCAGGAGGUGUGCAAUAGCGGAGGAGGCAUGCAAAGGAUCUGACCAUAAGCCCAUAGAAACAACACUGGAACUCACACCCAUCCCAAAGGAGGCUGAGAGACGAAACUGGAAGAAUGCGGAGCCUGAGGAGGUAGCAAGGGACUGCCAAAAGCUAUAUGUGCCACAAAGCCUGGACUCCAGGCAAGCAGUCAAGGAGUAUGCAGACUACCUGGUAGGAUUUGUAGGGACAUUAGCGGACAAACACGCCACCGUAAUGGAGGAGUACAAGCAGGCUAGGAGGUCCCAGCUCCCAGAAAUGGAGCGGCUCAGGGCACGCUGCAAGCGCAACAGAGAAAUCCACUUGGCUAAGACAGCAAACUUCAGAGAUCUGGUUGACAGGACCCGUGAUGACCCCAGAUUGAUGUGGGGACUAGCAAAAUGGGGCAAGGAAAGAAGCCAUCUGCCCCCACAGGCACCUACUGUCCCCCCCCUGAGAACAGGGGAAGGGGCUGACGCGACGGUAGAAACCUCUUUUGAGGGGAAGGCUGAGGCAUUACGACAACGGUUCUUCCCACAGCCAGAGCCCGCCGACUUAAGUGACACCAAUAUGGAGCUGCUGCAAGUUGAAAGGGAAGCGUCAAAUGACACCAUCAGUGUGGAGGACAUGGAAAGCCUGAUCCAGAGACUGCCAAACAGGAAGGCACCAGGGAGGAGUGGGAUCACCAACGAGUUCCUUAAGAUGCUGGGCAGAACAUUUGUGGAGGCCAUAACAGCUCUCACCAAUGCAUGCUGGCAUUGGGAGACUUACCCAGACACGUUUAAGGAAGCCAAGACAGUGGCCUUGCGCAAGCCAGGGAAGGCUGACUACCAGACUGCAGGAGCGUGGAGACCCAUUGCCUUGCUGGACACAAUAGGGAAGAUUGUGGAGGCAGCAACUGCAAAACGCCUGCGGAAGAUCGCGGAGGACCACAACCUGCUACCCUCACAGCAAAUGGGGGCAAGAAGGGGCAGGUCCACUGAAACAGCCAUAGCACAACUUCUAGCCCAGAUAAGGACAGUGUGGCAGCACCCAGGACAGGUGGCAUCGGUACUCUCCCUAGACAUGACAGGGGCCUAUGACAAGGUGCUGCGGGAGCGAAUGGUUCACAUCCUCCGGCGACUGGGCAUCCCCAGGGACCUGGAGAGUCAAACCAACACAGCUGUGAAGGAAGAGAUGUCAGUGCCUAGGGUAGACUUGUCUGUCAAAUACAUAAAUCUCAACAAUAACCCUAUCAAAUUUAUAUAUAAUAUGUAA